UAACAUUUUGUGCUAUUGAUAGGCAUUUGUAAACAUUUGCUGCAUAUAUAAGUAAGCUGAAUGCUCUACGAAUGUUCAGAGCAUCCGAAAAGCUUGCAGCGUCAGUAAGAAUGAAUUUCAAGUACUGUUUGCUGCUGUUAUCGCUGCUGCUAGCCGGCAUGAAUGCUAGCCCGACCCGCGAGCCGCCCACACGACCAAUGCUGCCGCCCUGCACGCCCUGGUGUGCCGGCCAGCCGACACCGCCCCCCGGUGCCAUUAACUAAGCUGAUGUGAGAGGAAAGCUACUAUAAUCUGGUGCUGGUGCUGGUGCUCGCUGCUGCUCCCUUCCCACAUAGAGCCAACAUGUGUUGGUAGUCGUUUAUUUUUUGUAAUUAUUUCGUACCAUUUGCUAAAACAAUUAA